GCUCUCGUUGAGUGAACUGUGCCGGCCGCGGAGAUCGUACCCAUGGUUGCUCAAAUACAGCCCAGAACCAAAAAUGACGUAUAGGACGAGACAUCGGUGGACAAUCUUGCUAACUACGUGUGUGCUGGCGCAUGCUGCUAGGACAGAAGAUAACAGACCAGGUACGAGGUUGCCGAACACGGAUUUCUUUUACAACCUCCAGAAUUAUAAUACCGCAAGCGAUCACCUGGCGUCAGCCCAACAAACAAUUUCAAAGGACAUUGAAAACCACACUGGAAGAACCGAUGGGAAGCAAAACGCUGAUGGUUACAGCAAAGCGGAGAGUAGGGAAAAGGUUUCAACCCAUGCAUUACAAAACGACAGAUUCUUGAGAGAAUAUGGAAUACACAAUGACCACACGAAACGUAACAUCAGAAGUUCUUACGAAAGCCGGUCAUUUGGAUUUCACAGAGGUCGAGAAGGUGUUAGGAAUAAAGACAGAAUUGUGCAUAGAAGAAACGGAUGUUCAGGGAGAAAGUAUGGAACUGGAGAACGCAAAACAGAGGAAGGAGAAAAUUGUCAUGACAAUGCUAGUCCCUCAGACUUCGAGAAUUUUAAAAGGGAAAGUUCGUCCAGAAUUUCUUCAAAUCCAGUACAGGAGUCACACGACAUAUACACCACCCAAAUAGAAAACUACCCCGUUCGUGACAAGUUGGAAGUGACGGCUCAGCAAGAAACCCGAUUCGGAUCAAUUAACUCAGAUAGAAGACCCAGCAGCGGACCUCAAAGAAGUGGAAGAAAUGAAAACUACAGGACCGAUUUGGUUCGGUAUAGAGACACUGACUCUAGCCAACCAGUUGAAACAAAAGAUGAGGUACAAAGUCUCGGACAGGAAGGCAGAGGUUUUGACAAUGGUGACGUUUUACGAAAUGGCCGUCAGACCAUGGAAGGAAGCGACGAGACACGUGAAGGUGAGGUGUCUCAACCAGUGGAGCCCAAUGCUGUGGCGGAACCCCGGCAAAGAGACGCAGUGUCAAGCUACUACGACUUUCUGAUAAAUGAGGGAUCCUACAAAUUCUGGGCCGUGUUCCAAGUGGUCACUGCCUGUCUGCUCAUCUAUUCGGCCUUUGCAGCCAUCUACUAUGCCAAAUAUACUUUCAGCAUGAUGGACUAUCCUGACUAUUUGGAUGAAGGUUUCUUUUUCAAACGCUCAGGGGAAGCUUAUAUCACCACCACAACAGCCAAACCUUCUUCAUACUCUUUCUUAGGUUUAUCUCCACAAACAUUCCAAAGGAUAAUGAACGCGCUGUCUUCCAAAAAGUAUUCUUAAGACGUUUAUAUCGGGUGACUGAUA